AUGGCUUCCAUUCGCGUGCUGUCGUUCGAUGCUGAGGGCCGCCCUGUGCGCUUCACCGCUUGGCUAGAUGACCUGCAGCUGUUUCUCCUGAGCGAUAGCAAGGAGCAUGUGUCGCUCUAUGACUACGCGUCUGGUGCUGCGCCUGCCCCUCCUGCCACAGCUGAGCUUAGUGUUCGUUCCCACUGGCAGACUCGUGACGCAGCUGCUCGCCUAGCCAUUCGCAGUCACCUGCCGUUAGCUGAGCUAGAGCAUUUUGGCGACUGCAAAUCCGCUAAGGCCCUGUACGACGCUGUCGUCGCUCGCUACUCCUCGCCUGCCACAGCCGAGCUUAGCCGCCUCAUGCUGCCGUACCUGUUCCCCGAUCUGUCCACCUUUACUACAGUCGCCGAUCUUAUCACCCACCUUCGCACUAGUGAUGCUCGCCUGCGUGCCGCCCUUCCCACCGAGUUCUGCGCUAAGAACCCCCCUCCACUGUACUGGACACUCCACUUCAUAGUCACCCGUCUCCCUGACACCCUCCGCUCAGUUCGAGACCACUUCCUUGCUCGCUGUCCCACUGAGCUCACAGUCGCCCUCCUAGAGGAGCACCUGCUCGCGGCCGAAAAGAGCAUUGUAGCUGUCGGUGCUGCUCGUGGCGCUCCUCGCACCCCCAUCUUUGAGGGGUGUUCUCCCUCUCCCCUCGCUCCCUCCUACGCUGCUGCUGUUGCUGUUGACUUCCUUGGUGCUGAGUCUGUUGGCGCUGCUUCUACUCCUGGUGGGAGGCGCCGCACCGGCAAGGGCAAGGGGGGCAAGGGUGGUGGUGGUGGCGCUGGGGGGGGAGGAGGUGGGGGAGGUGGGGGGGGAGGCGGUGCUGGAGGGAGCGGUGGCGGGAGCGCUGGUGGGAGUGGGGUCGGUGGUGGAGACGGGGGCGGCGGAGGGACCAGUGGCAGUAGUGGCGGCGGCGGCGGUGGCGGCGGUGGCGGUGGUGGCGGUGGUGGCGGUGGUGGCGGUGGCGGUCGGAGCGGUGGCAGUGGUGGCGGCGGAGGUCGGAGUGGAGGCACUGGCUCUGGCCAGAGCUCCCAGCAGCAGCAGCGUCCCCAGACGACCCAGCAGCUUCGUGAGUGGCUUGCUCAGCGUGGGAAGUCUGGGGCCAGUGCCCGCUGUUCUUAUGUCAUUCGCACAGGUGACCGCAAGGGACAGACGUGUGGGAGCUCAUGA